UUGUCAACCGGAAACGUGUUUUCUAAUGUUGCGAAGGUGUUGUCUGGGUAACGUCCUCUUCCCAAAUCAAACUACUAAAAAAAAAACCUGUUGAUGGAAAAUUCCUAAACUCAUUCAUCAAGUGGACUUCGACAAUUUUAUUUAUUUGCUAUUUGUUUGACACUGAAUAGAUAUUUUUGGUUCGCUGAUUUUGCUCUUUGGAAUAGAAUUAUUUCAAAUAAGGGCAUGUAUUUUACUUUUCUUCUCAGAAUUAGUUGGAAAAAAUUUUGAUAUCCAGAAAUUUAGUGAUUUGUAAUGAAGCUAUGGAGGAUAUGGAAAAGAAAAAUAAAAUGUUUGGGUUUUAUUUGCUUAAUUCCGUUAUUUUUAAUGGUCAUUGUCUUCUUCAAAUCUCACUUCAUGUUAGAUGAUGAGUUUGAACCACCUCAUGUUAAGAAGGCUAAUGGACAAGAGGAAUAUAUUGAUAAACGAGGAAUUCAUGUAAUUGUCGGGCAUUAUAUUGGAAAUGAUUUACCUUGGAACCCAACCCCCAAUUUGACUGAUGAAAUUUUAAACACCAAUGGAUAUGCUCCAUUAAAAAAUGCUGGGGCCAUGGGUGAGGCUUAUUUUGUAUUACCAUCUGAAAGAGAAAGAAGCAAGACACUUUUUUACAUCAACAAAUUUAAUCUACUUGCGAGUGAUAGAAUUCCUGUGAAUAGGAGUUUGCCUGAUGAACGAAGAAAAGCCCUUUUUAAAAAAGAGUCUUGAUAAUUAUGUUGCCCAUCUUCCUGUUCCUGUGAAAAUCAUCCGAUCUGCCAAUCGCACUGGGUUGAUCCGAGCUAGACUCCUUGGUGCGGAUGUUGCCUCCGGCGAUGUUCUAACUUUUUUGGAUGCACACUGCGAAUGUUCAGAAGGAUGGCUUGAACCAUUACUGGCUAGUAUUACUGAAGACAGGAAGCAUGUAGUUUGUCCAGUUAUCGAUAUUAUUCAUGAUGAAACAUUUGCUUAUAUUCGAAGCUUUGAACUGCAUUGGGGAGCCUUCAAUUGGGAUUUACAUUUUCGUUGGUAUCCCGUGAGUGAAAGGGAGUUGAGGUCUCGUCAAAAUGAUACGUCUGCACCAUUCAGGACGCCUGUAAUGGCUGGUGGCUUAUUUGCAAUUGACCGUUCUUACUUUGAAGAAAUUGGUCGAUAUGAUGAAAGAAUGGAUAUUUGGGGAGGAGAGAAUAUAGAACUAUCUUUUAGAGUGUGGCAGUGUGGUGGUUCCAUCAGUAUUGUACCUUGCUCACACGUGGGUCAUGUUUUUCGCAAAUCUUCUCCUUACUCAUUUCCUAGGCCUGGUGGAGUUGGAGCUGUUCUUUAUCAAAAUCUUGCUAGAGCUGCUGCAACAUGGAUGGAUGAAUGGAAAGAGUUUUAUUUUAAAAUUAAUCCCCAAGCUGCCAAAAUGAACAGAAAUGUUGAUGUGAAUGACAGACUAGAAUUAAGGAAGAAAUUGAAUUGCAAAAGCUUUAAAUGGUAUCUUGAAAAUGUUUGGCCAGAACACUUUCUACCCACUGAAAACAGACUCUUUGGAAAAAUUCGUAGUUUGAAAAAUGAUAAAUGCAUACAAAAAGGUUCUGUAUCUGCUGCACAGCAAAAUAUUGGAAAAGUGAAGUUGUUUCCUUGUGUGUUUGAAGUUUAUCCAAAACAGCUUUUUGUUUAUAACGAAAAAGGGCAAGUGAUGACAGAUGAGUCGAUAUGCUUGGACUCACCUGAAGGUGCUGAAGACACUUAUGUUGUGAUGCUAGCUUGUAGCGAUUUAUUGAGACAGAAAUGGAAAUAUAUUCCAACUAAGCAAAUAUUUCUUCAUAUCAAAUCUGACCUGUGUUUGAGUCUUCCAUCAAAAUCAAGACCUGAAGCUUUAACCCUUCAGACAUGUGAUGGAUCCACGAGCCAAAAAUGGGAUUUUGAAUCUGUGGAUUGGACAAGUUAAAUUUUAUUGAUUACAUUAAUUUCCAGUAGAUACGCCCCACCUGUGAAAAACAUCGCUAAAAAUUUCAAUAAUCAUCCUAUAAGCUUCACUGUCGUAAAGGUGGCAUUUCCAUUUUUUACUCAUUAACAUAAGUAUAAAAUAUCACUAGAUUUAUUCAAUUAUAUUGACAAAAAGUACUAUAUAUACAGGGUUCUCACAGUCUUUAAAAACUGCUUAAUUUUAAUGUUGGAAAAUAAGGGCCCGUAAAAGUACUUAAUUUUGGUUCAAGAUUUUUAAAAGUGCUUAAUUUUUUGGCAUCACUAUGGUUGAAAGGAAAAAUUUUUCAGUUCAAUUUUUUAAAACAAAAUGUCGUUCUUUUAUCUCUUAGAAUUAAACAGCGCAUCGAGGGUAAAGCAUAUUAGAGAGACAAAAAUUAAUGUGGGGGGGGGAGCUACAGACAAGGGGAAGAACGCGUGUCCUUUCAUUAAUAUAUUGGUUCUUUCAUUAAUAUGUUCUGCCUUUUGCCUAGAAUGAUACCCUGUGAGGAAAGUGAAGCAUUCUAAAAUAAAAGAAUAGUGUGGACAAGGGGGAUACUGCACAUGGGGGGGGGGUAGUUUCAAGGUACCUAAGUUGAAGACCCACACUAACCUUCAAAAUUGACAGAAUUCAGUUCUACUGGUAACCCAUCUGCUUAUAACUAUUUCCUAAAAUCUUGAAGUAUUAAAUAAAUUUGUAUAAUAUUUCAAUGUGUAAUAAGUAACUGUACAUUUAUAGAAAGCAUUAGUUUUUAAAUAAAUCUACUGAUAUCGCAAAAUUGUAAUGUGUGGCUUUGGGAAAUUAAUUCUUCGAAUAGGCCACACAUCUUGACAAGUGAAGUUUUUAACACACAUACGCUGUGGCUUAUCUACCAGAAAUUACUGCACUUUCAAUUGCUGUCAAAUCAAAUUUUUGUUCUCAAUUUUAAGUUAGCUUAAAUAUCACCAUUGAUUAUUAUAAAAAGAGAAUCGUCGAUCAUACUCUUGGAAGGAAAACCUAUGCAUAACUUAAGUUUUUUUUUUAAUUUAUACUGUUGUUUUUAAUUGUCUUGUCCUUGUUUAAACUGUUGGGUAGGAUUUAUUAGGAAAAAGCAGGAAACUGCUGAUCGGUUUUGUUUCAGGGAAUUUCGCUUAUUCUAAAUCUCACUCUCUUUCUGUGAUAUUUUUUUUUAACAUUCCUGUGUGAAGGUGCACUUCUACAAUGUUUCAUCGUUAUGUUUUUUAAUUAUUACUGAAAUUUCAUAAAAUUGUACUAAUGCUAUUCAAAAAAAUGCAUGAUAUUUUAUUCUGGGUGGAGUUAUUAUGUGAUAUUUUUUAAGUGAAAAAUAAAAAGCACCAAUAUUUUUAUUAUAAAUACUUGUGUUUAAAAACUUUUUGCUGAUAAGCAAUAAAUAAGUGCUCUGGAUGAUUUAAAAUGAUGCUACAUGAUUUAUAUAUGAAUAGCUUUUAUAAAAUCUGUUUUUAAAUUAUCUUUUUUUUUCAUUAUAAAUAUUUGUGUGUAAAAGGUUUUUGCUGAUAAGCAAUAAAUUAGUGCUCUGAAUGAUUUAAAAUGAUGCUACAUGAUUUACAUCUGAAAGUGUUUUUUGAAAUAAUGUAAAACAUUUUAUCCAAGCUGAUGUUGCAAAUGAUUUUUAAAAAAAUUAAAGAAACAUAGAGAGGCAUUAUUUAAAAAAAUUUUAAACAAUAUUAUUUUCCAUUCCAUUGGUAUUUCUAUCUUUCUGCAUCUGUUUCAUAUCUUAUUUUAAAAGCUGAAAAUUUCUAAGAAAUAUUUUUUUAUAAAAAUCUUUGGAAUUUUUAUAUGGUAGUUACUUUUUUAAUAUAUAUUUUAAUUAAUUUGUUUUUGUGGUAGGCAGGCAAUUCUUGCAAUUAAAGUUUCAACUGGAACUUUGUAUCAGGCAAAAGUGCAAGUUUAAACCAUUUCUUGACUGUUACAAGCAGAGUUUAUAAUCAUUCAAAAUUAAUUUGCUUAAAAAUAUUAUUUAACACCAUUUACUAUUUUAAUACUAUAUACACUAAAAACUGUGAUUUUCAUGAUAUUAUUUGCCAGAAUCAAUGGUUCAAAACAAGUUGGGGAUAAUAUUUGUGUAGAUUGAUCAAGAGAUAUUUUACAAAGCAUUUAUACAAUCCCACUUACAAAAGUACUAAUACUACAACAGUAACAGUACCUGUAUAAGAUUCAUAUUAGAGCAGAUUUAUAUAAAUAUGGUAAGCAUAUCUUCUGAAGAAGAAUAUAUUCAAAUUAAAAUCAAUUUUAUAUCCAGUAAUAAAAUAUUUUUUGUAAUAUUACAAAAUUUAUAAGUUUUUAUUCAAUAUUUAUGCAUUCCAAUUCAGUAUUAAUGUAGUUUUGAGUCAUGUCCUUCUUAUUUCCUACUACUUUAUUUUCUUAGAUUUAAACUUGUUUUCUGUUAAAGGUAUCAUUUUUAAUUCAUUAAUAUUUCAUUUUAAAAAUUUAUUCGUUGUAGUAUUGUGUACUUAUAAAUCUGUAACAAUGCCAUAAGUAAAUUUUAUUUUUUCAAAAAAAAUAAUAAUUACCAUAAGACACACGCAUGCAUCUACAAUGGUUUACAAACUUAUAUUCAUAAGAUCAUCAUUACAUUUUAGCAUUUUGAUAAAGCUCUUUGACUGAUUUUAGCUCAAUAAAACCCUGAAACCUACAUUUACAUAUACACUUCAUAAUGUAUUUUAUACAACAAAUUUCAAUUCCUUUAUUCAGGUUGAAACAGCUUAAAUCUUGUUAUCAUCCAAGUGGUUAUUUUAUACUGUUUGGUACAUUUUGUGUUGUUUGUUAAAGUCUUCCAUUGUUUUUUUAAAUAAAUAUUUUGUACCUGA